GUCCCCGCGCUCCACGGUUCGCGUGCCGAGGAAUAUAGGCCAUUUUGAGGCAGACAGACAAACAGACAGUUGAGUUGUUAUGAAUAUGCUAAGUUAGACAUAUCCACUUUCUGCUGCCAACUGGCUAAAUAUUGUUCCAAUUGAAAAGUGCUCUUAUUAUCGUCAUUAUUAUAAUUUCAUUUCCAGUUAGUUACUGAUGAAGUCGCUAGCUCCUCCAGGCCGAGGAGCCAGUAAGGAUUCCUCUUCACCCUCCUCCUCCUCCUCCUCUUCCUCCUCCUCGUCCUCCUGUCCUCCGGUCUGCGGUCACUUGUCCUCGGCGUCUCCGUCCGUGCGCAGCAGCAGCAGGGCCGCCGCGAGCUCCGCUAUGGGGGAGGACGGCGCGCGCAGCCUGCAGCUGAACGCGCGCGCUGACAUGAACGGCUGCUACGACACGCUGAGGCGCCUGGUGCCCACCAUUCCGCAGGACAAGAAGGUGAGCAGAGUGGAGAUCCUGCAGCACGUCAUCGACUACAUCCUGGAGCUGCAGCGCGCGCUCGACAUGCAGCCGGCGCUCCUGAGGCCGCCGUGCGGGAGGUGUCCGUCCGAGGCGCCGCGCGCGCCGCUCGUGGCCCUCAACACCGGCCAGUUCCAGGUCACAUCCAUGCCUGGCAAGAAGGAGGAAGCUGCUCUGUGUCCCUGGAACGCAGCGAAGUGGUGAGCGGCACGUUGAGCCGGUUCACGCCGGUGAAGCCACGCCGCAGCGCCCGAUGACGGUUGGAAAGCCCGUCCUAAGUUCUGUUGUCUUUCUUUCUACUUGUUCUUCGUGGAAACGACGUGCCUGCACGGUGCUUCAGUGCGCACUCCCAAAGAGUAUUGCAUCGGGAGCUGGCACCCGUAGCCCUGUCUGGCGUGCCCGGCCUGGCAAGCCGCGCGCUCCGAACGUGUCCUCUCAUGUCUGCAACGGUCUCGCGGCCUUCGGCUACGUCUUGGCCGUUUGCCCGCAUCGGAGCCGCGUUCUUCGGGAUGCUCUCGGAACCUGCAGGUCUGGACCUGGCGCUUCACGUGCGCACCUCCUCUCUUCUCGAACCCCGUUCCACAGGUGCACAGAAUGCCGGGAACACGGAGGCGACGAUGUUGCCCCAAAGCGAGAGCUCGGACAGUCGGUUCGCCCGCUGCAGUCGGACUCACCUGCAAGCCGCAGUUUUGACGAACGCUGUAUGAGCGUUGGCUGUGGCCCUUUGAUGGGAACGCGCAUUUCCGCAGGUGGAGGGGGGGACCAGCGGGCCGCCGAAAGGCACAGCGGGGAACGACGGAAACCACUUCACUGGAAUACAAAGACAUGCAAUAAGAAAUCACACAAACAGAUGAAUGACCUUUUCGAGAAGAAGUGCUGUAAAUAACGUGGUCAUUCACAUAUUCGUGUUAUACGUUGUAGGCGUUUUAAGGUGAGUCAUGGCUUUCGCAGAAUUUAAACUCUUUGGCUUCUAAGAAAAGUUGUUUUGUACAGAAGUUCCAUGUCACGAUAGUUGGUUUUCUAGCUUUACGUACAUAAUAUCUAAACACAUGAAAAAUGUCUUGAAACCCUGGUUUUCUGAGCCGCAUAACACCAACUGAUGUUUAGAAAAAAACCCCAAACUGAAAUGCUUUAAUAUAUUUUGAAAAGCAUGUUAUUAAAAAGUAUCUGUAUUAAAACUAUCCGAAUCACAAGGGAUUUCGUUAUUAUUAUGAGCUUUUUCUUUUUUUUUUACAAGUGAUCUGCCGCCAUCUUUUAACAAUUUUCUUGUACAUGGUAAAGUUUACACACAUUUUAGAUAGACUGUAA